AUGGCUGACACCAUCUGCCAAAGCUUUGCCAAUCUUACCUCUUCUCAGCAACAUGACUGUAAGGAAGAGGAAGAUCUGGAUGACCAACAGAUCUGUAACCAGGAGAGGAACUUCGGUGUUGACCAGGAGGGCACAGAACCUCCACAGCCUAAAGAGGAACGGGAAGAACUCUGGACCAGUCAGGAAGUAGAGCAGCUUGUACUGAAGCAGGAUACCAAAGACAUUGUUGUUGGGGCCAGGGAGGAGCUUGAUAUCAUGUGGAAACCUGAAACAAAGCUGAACAGAAUGGACCUCCCACAGCAACAUGACUGUAAGGAAGAGGAGGGUCUGGAUGACCAGCAGGUCUGUAACCAGGACAGGAACUCCAGUCUGGAUCAGGAGGACUCAGAACCUCCUCAGUCUAAAGAGGAGCAGGAGGAACUCUGGACCAGUCAGGAGGGAGAGCAGCUUGUACUGAAGCAGGAGACCAAAGGCACUAUCAUCUGGACCGGGGAAGAGCUGGGUAUCAUGUGGAAACCUGCAAUAAAGUUGAAGAGAAUAGUCUUUCCACAACAUGACUGCAAGGAAGAGCUGGUUCUCACAGACCAGCAAGUCUGUAACCAGGAGAGGAACUCCAGCCUGGACCAGGAAGACCCAAAACUUCCAAAUGUUAAAGGGGAACAGGAGGAAUUCUGUACAAGUCCGAAGGGAGAACAGCUCGUAUGGAAGCCAGAGACUGACACCUUUCCUGUUCAUGAGGAAGGUGACCACAGUGAACCUGAACAAAACAGAGACCAGCUCCUUUCUCACAACUCUCCAGAACCAGAUCAGGAAGAAGGUGCGGAAGAUAACUCACCCAGAAACAAAUCAGAACAAAUCAUAACAAACCUGAGAGGUCAAACUUACGAGAAGCCACAUUUAUGUAGCGCCUGUGGGAAAGGAUUUGGAAGGAUGACAGACUUGAAAAGACACAUGAGAAUUCACACAGGUGAGAAGCCACAUUCUUGUAGCACGUGUGGGAGAAGAUUUACUAGAAUGGAAAGUUUGAACAGUCAUAUGAGAAUUCACACAGGUGAGAAACCAUAUUCUUGUAACAUCUGUUGGAAAAGAUUUAAUCAUAUCACAAGUUUGAAAACACACAUGAGAAUUCAUACAGGUGAGAAGCCAAAUUGUUGUAGCACCUGUGGGAAAGGACUGAGUUGCGUGGCAUACUUGAAAAGACACAUGAGAAUUCACACAGGUGAGAAGCCAUAUUCUUGUAGCACCUGUGGGAAAACAUUUAGUCAGAUGACACACUUGAAAACACACAUGAGAAUUCACACAGGUGAGAAGCCGUAUUCUUGUACCAUCUGUGGGAAAAGACUGAGUUGUAUGGAUAACUUGAAAAGACACACAAGAAUUCACUCAGGUGAGAAGCCUCAUUCUUGUAGCACCUGUGGGAAAACAUUUAAUCAGAUGUCACACUUGAAAACACACAUGAGAAUCCACUCAGGUGAGAAGCCACAUUGUUGUAGCACCUGUGGGAAAAGAUUCACUUAUUUGAUACAGUUGAAAAGGCACUUAAGAUACCAUGCUACUUAA